CGUCCACCACCAUGUGAAUAUAUGUUAUUAAAAACACGACUAAAAAAAGAAACAAACAAGGCCAAUUGUCAAUAACAAACAAUUCGAAACGACCAUAAAUGUAAAUACACGUCAUGAAACGCAGUAACUGCAGUAGUUGUGUGUUAUUGUAGUUGAAGGGUGUGUCCAUGUGUGAGUGUUUGUGUGCGCAGCAAAGAGGAGGUCUCAGGCAAACUCUCUCCACCCUUCAUCUCUUUCCUCCUACUAUAAUCGCUUUUUUUCUAGAUCCCCAACAGACAAACAGGCACUUAUGAUCAUUUUUCCUACUCGGGAUUUACCAGCUUUUCUGCAAAAACCUCUCUUGUGAUCGUCCGGAUCUCAUCUGAAGCCGCAGCAAACCAGAAGUGCCAACCUAAGGAACCAGCCUGUGUUUCUGUUACCACCGCAGUUUGGAGGCUUCGACGGAGCCCAGCCGUCGAUUAAUCAUGUACCAAGUCGUACGAAAGCUGUUUUUCUCGGAGUGCCGUUGUGCAGCAGAUGCAUCCGGCUCCUACGAAGAGUUGUUCGCGAAACUGGACACCAACAGAGAUGGGAAAGUGGACGUAUCCGAGCUGAAGGCGGGCCUGGCUGCCAUGGGCAUCAAAACCGGGAAAGGAGCAGCCCAGAAAAUAGUUUCUUCUGGAGACUCGGACAAGGACGAAGGACUUGACUUCAGCGAGUUCACCAAGUACCUGAAGGAACACGAGAUGAAGUUACGACUGACCUUCAAGAGCUUGGACAAAAACAACGACGGUCGAAUAGACAUCGGGGAGAUAAAGCAGUCUUUGGCUGAUCUGGGAAUGGACAUCAGCAAGGAUGACGCAGAAAAGAUUCUUAAAAGUAUUGAUGCGGACGGGACCAUGACUGUGGACUGGAAUGAAUGGAGGGAUCACUUCCUGUUUAAUCCAGCCACUAACCUGCAGGAGAUUAUCCGCUAUUGGAAGCACAGCACAGUGCUGGACAUUGGUGACAGCCUCGCCAUCCCGGACGAGUUCACGGAAGAGGAGAAGACGACGGGUCUGUGGUGGAAGCAGCUGUCGGCGGGAGCCAUGGCAGGAGCUGUGUCACGUACGGGGACGGCUCCUCUGGACAGAAUGAAGGUCUUCAUGCAGGUGCAUUCAUCCAAGAGCAAUAAAAUCAACCUGGUAGGAGGCUUCAAGCAAAUGUUAAAAGAAGGAGGAAUAUCGUCUCUGUGGAGAGGAAAUGGUAUAAACGUCCUGAAGAUCGCCCCCGAAACGGCCAUUAAAUUUAUGGCCUACGAGCAGUAUAAGAAGAUGCUGUCCAGUGAACCAGGGAAGGUAAAGACGCAUGAGAGGUUCUUGUCUGGGUCACUGGCUGGAGCCACUGCACAAACUGCCAUCUACCCCAUGGAGGUGAUGAAAACCCGCCUGACCCUGAGGAAGACCGGUCAAUACUCAGGAAUGUUUGACUGUGCCAAGAAAAUCCUGAAAAAGGAGGGAGUGAAGGCCUUCUACAAGGGCUACAUUCCUAACAUCCUGGGCAUCAUUCCUUACGCUGGAAUUGAUCUGGCUAUAUACGAGAGCCUGAAGAACUUCUGGCUGUCGCGAUACGCCAAAGACACGGCCAACCCAGGUAUUCUGGUGCUGCUUGGCUGUGGAACCAUAUCCAGCUCAUGUGGCCAGUUAGCCAGUUAUCCUCUGGCUCUGAUCCGCACCAGGAUGCAGGCACAAGCUUCUAUUGAGGGCUCUGAACAGCUUCCCAUGAACAUAAUGGUGAAGAAGAUUCUACAGAAGGAAGGCUUCUUCGGACUUUAUCGUGGCAUCCUGCCCAACUUCAUGAAGGUCAUACCGGCUGUUAGCAUCAGUUACGUAGUCUAUGAGUACAUGCGGUCAGGCCUGGGGAUCCAGAAGUAGGAGUCCAUUCACGGUGAUGCGAAACACUUACCGUCCCACACGUCAGGAGAACAGCAUUAGGAAUUUGUUUACCUUAACGUCAGUGCCUGAACUCAGACUGCCGCGGAGAGGCUCUCUGAAGAUAUUUUGUCCAAUCAUAAACCUGCACACGGCAGACAUUUACAAAUCUAUGGUGGAUUUUUGUUUUGUUUUGUCUGAAUUAGUUCGUUUAGGCUAUGUUUACGACACUUUCACACAUUUUACUUCACUCUCAUUCUCUGGACGCCGUAAGUUAAUCAGCCAAAGUAAAAUUUUAGUCUAAAGAAAAUUUUAGAUAGAACUACAACGAGUAUUUCAACACUUUUUCAUACACUUUAUCUUUGCUUUGAUGAAUUAAUGUGUUUCGUCACAUUAAUUUUGACCGCAAAGCACCUUAUCGUACUAAAUUUACUCAACGGGAAAUUCGGGUUCUAUAUCGAAGUGGAAUCAUGGCAUUAUGUUAAAUAGUUAUAUAUUUUCUACAGGCACCUCAAACAUUGGGUAAGAAAUCAGGAAAAUCCUUAAGUGCAAUACAGCAAUAUUUACAUUUGACUUCUGCUGACAAGUUAGAUGGCGGUAUGUUAGUUUUGGUGAUGAGUUUGACUUUGAAUUUUUGGGUAAAUUCUCACAACCUGUUUCCAGAAUGUGUAAACAGUGGGAGUGAUGUGCCUUACAGUAUGUGACUUUUCCUCAACCCUUUUGUCACCUUUGUUUCCUGUAUAUGUGGAUUAGAUUAUCAAGUUUAUAGAAAUAAAACAUUUUCAU